GCCGCGCAUGCGCCCUCUCCUCCUGGAGGGCGUGAGGGGGAACAUCCGGGGACUUGGGCGAGGGCGCCCUGAGGAGCCGGGCCCCGGCCCGUCGGGGAGGCACUGUGGAUGAACUGUGAGUUUUAUCAAGAAUGGAGUUGGCCCAUAGUUUAUUGCUAAAUGAAGAAGCUUUGGCCCAGAUUACUGAAGCAAAAAGGCCCGUCUUUAUCUUUGAGUGGCUACGAUUUCUUGAUAAAGUUCUUGUUGCCGCCAACAAGACCGAUGUAAAAGAAAAACAGAAAAAGCUCGUCGAGCAGCUCACCGGAUUAAUAAGUAGUUCACCUGGACCGCCUACGCGGAAGCUGCUGGCUAAAAAUCUAGCAGCCCUCUACAGCAUUGGAGAUACUUUUACGGUGUUUCAAACACUAGACAAGUGUAAUGAUAUUAUCAAAAAUAAAGAUGACACAGCAGGCUACUUGCCAACUAAACUUGCCGCGGUGGCAUGUGUCGGAGCGUUUUAUGAAAAAAUGGGAAGGAUGUUGGGAAGUGCAUUUCCAGAAACAGUAAACAAUCUUUUAAAAUCUCUGAAAAGUGCUGAGUCACAAGGUCGAAGUGAAAUCUUAAUGAGUUUAAAAAAAGUCCUGAACGGACUGGGUGGUGCAGCAGCUUCCUGUCAUCGGGAUAUUUACAAAAAUGCCAGGUCUCUCCUGACUGACAGAUCUAUGGCCGUUCGAUGUGCCGUCGCCAAGUGUCUGCUAGAAUUACAGAAUGAAGCUGUAUUUAUGUGGACAGCUGAAUUGGAAAAUGUGGCCACACUCUGUUUCAAGGCUUUAGAGAGCUCAAAUUAUGGAGUUCGAGUUGCGGUGUCAAAACUGCUAGGAACCGUCAUGGCUACAGCACUGAUGCCAAAACAAGCCGCAGUGAUGCGCCAGAAUGUGAAGCGAGCUACCCUAGAAGAGGUCCUGGAACUCAUGGCCACAGGAUUUCUCCGUGGCGGAUCUGGAUUUUUAAAGAGUGGUGGUGAAAUGUUAAAAGUAGGAGGAUCUGUCAAUCGUGAAGUGAGAGUUGGAGUUACGCAGGCCUACGUUGUGUUUGUUACAACACUGGGUGGCCAGUGGCUGGAGCGUAACUUUGCUACGUUCUUGUCUCAUGUGCUUGAUCUGGUUUCUCACCCCCGGGCGACACAAACACACGUGGAGGCUGUAUACUCUCGAAGAUGUGUCUCCUUCAUCCUUAGAGCUACUGUGGGCAGUUUGCUAGGGGAAAAGGCCCAGAUUGCAGCUGCUAAAGAAAUCUGCCAAGCCAUUGGAAAACAAAUGAAAGCUGUGGAAAUAGUCGUUAAUGAUACCAGCGGUGAAAACAAGUCUGGAGCAGCAGAAAUAGCUGCAAGCCAGCAUGUCAUGGUCUGUGCACUACAGGAACUGGGGAGCCUCGUCCAGAGCCUAAACGCUACAGCAUCUCCUCUUAUUCAGGAGGCAUCGAUAGGGCUGUUGGAGACGGUCACUUCCGUGCUGCUUCACCCGAGUAUGGCUGCUCGACUGGCUGCAGCGUGGUGUUUGCGCUGUGUAGCGGUGGCGUUGCCUUUCCAGUUGACGCCAUUUCUCGACAGAUGUGCAGAAAGACUGAACAAUCUGAAGACUUCCCCCGAAGCUGUUAGUGGAUAUAGUUUUGCAAUGGCUGCUUUACUGGGAGGAGUUCAUCAGUGUCCGUUGGGAAUCCCUCAUGCCAAAGGAAAGAUGGUGGUCAGCAUUGCUGAAGACCUCUUGCGUACCGCCGCUCAAAAUAGCAGGCUCUCCUUACAGCGCACUCAAGCUGGCUGGCUUUUACUUGGAGCUCUCAUGACUUUAGGUCCUUCGGUUGUUCGUUACCAUCUGCCCAAGAUGCUGUUAUUGUGGCGAAAUGUCUUUCCUCGUUCCUUAAAGGAGCUGGAAGCCGAGAAGGCUCGAGGAGACUCUUUUACCUGGCAAGUAACAUUGGAAGGUCGGGCUGGAGCGCUAUGUGCCAUGAGGAGUUUUGUUGCUCAUUGUCCCGAGCUCCUAACGGAAGAUGUGAUUAGAAAAUUGAUGACACCUAUAGAAUGUGCCAUGACUAUGAUGUCACACAUUCCAUCUGUAAUCAAAGCCCACGGAGCGCAUCUGAAAGCCAGCGCUGCAAUGGUCCGUUUACGGCUGUAUGACAUUUUGGCUUUGUUACCUCCCAAAACUUAUGAAGGGUCUUUUAACGCACUUCUUAGAGAGCUGGUGGCAGAAUUUACUUUGACGGACAACUCCGCCAACACAACUACAUCCCUCCUUAGAUCUCUCUGCCACUACGAUGACAGCGUCCUUCUUGGUUCCUGGCUCCAGGAAACCGAUCAUAAGUCAAUUGAAGAUCAGCUGCAGCCAAACAGCGCGUCGGGAAGCGGUGCUCUGGAACACGACCCGUCUUCCAUUUAUCUGCGCAUCCCCGCGGGUGAAGCCGUGCCCGGGCCCCUGCCCCUGGGGGUCUCCGUCAUCGACGCCUCCGUGGCUCUUUUCGGCGUAGUGUUUCCUCAUGUCUCCUAUAAACAUAGAUUGCAGAUGUUGGAUCACUUUGCGGAAUGUGUCAAGCAGGCUAAGGGUGUUCGUCAACAGGCUGUGCAGCUUAAUAUUUUCACUGCAGUGCUUAGUGCAUUAAAGGGUUUAGCUGAAAACAAAAGCACGUUAGGACCCGAGGAAGUGCGCAAGUCUGCUCUGACCCUAGUUAUGGGCGCCCUCGAUAACCCUAACCCAAUUUUAAGAUGUGCCGCGGGAGAAGCCCUUGGACGAAUGGCUCAAGUGGUGGGAGAAGCAACUUUUAUUGCUAGAAUGGCUCAGUAUAGUUUUGACAAGUUGAAAUCUGCUCGAGAUGUUGUAUCGAGAACAGGUCAUUCAUUGGCUCUUGGCUGUCUUCACCGUUACGUUGGAGGAAUAGGUUCAGGACAACACCUGAAGACCAGCGUCAGCAUUUUACUGGCUUUGGCACAGGAUGGAACUUCACCUGAGGUUCAGACCUGGUCUCUCCAUUCGCUCGCUCUGAUUGUGGAUUCCAGCGGGCCAAUGUACCGUGGAUAUGUGGAACCGACCUUGUCCCUAGUUCUUACUUUGCUGUUGACCGUUCCACCGUCACAUAUAGAAGUUCAUCAAUGUUUGGGUCGAUGUCUGGGUGCUAUAAUAACUACUGUUGGGCCUGAAUUGCAAGGGAAUGGGGCAACGAUCUCAACAAUCCGCUCUUCCUGCCUGGUGGGUUGUGCGAUCACUCAAGACCAUUCAGAUUCUCUAGUCCAAGCCGCUGCCAUAUCGUGCCUUCAGCAGCUUCAUAUGUUUGCCCCAAGGCAUGUCAAUCUGUCAAGCCUGGUACCUAGCCUUUGUGUUCAUUUAUGCAGUUCCCAUCUGUUACUUCGGCGUGCGGCCGUUGCCUGCCUCCGACAGCUGGCGCAGCGAGAGGCAGCUGAAGUCUGUGAGUACGCCAUGAGCCUGGCAAAAAACGCCGGGGACAAAGAGAGCGGCGGGUCCAAUAUCGAUCCUUUUGCAGCAGGAGUAGCCUCUCGGAGGGAUCUCCACUGCCGGCACCAGGGCGUCAACAUAACGGAGACCGGCCUCGAAGGACUGCUUUUUGGGAUGCUGGACCGCGAGACGGAUCGAAAACUCUGCUCCGACAUCCACGAUACCCUGGGACAUAUGCUUUCGUCUCUGGCAGUCGAAAAGCUCUCGCAUUGGUUGAUGCUGUGUAAAGAUGUUCUCGCCGCUUCCGGUGACAUGAGCGCCGCGAAUCCUUUCGGGGGACUGAAGGAUGAGGAAUCCGAAAAAAAGGACGAGAUGGAUGACGAUACCAUGUUCACCACCCUGGGAGAAGACGAGAAGUCCAAACCUUCUGUAGCUCCUCGCUGGGCCACUCGUGUAUUUGCCGCUGACUGCCUGUGUCGAAUCAUCUUGCUCUGCGAGAACGCUGACCAGGCCCAUUUCGAUCUCGCCCUAGCCCGUUCGGCCAAACUUCGGAACCCAAAAAAUGACCUCUUAGUGCUCCACCUCUCCGACCUGAUCCGUAUGGCAUUUAUGGCUGCCACGGAUCAUAGCAACCAGCUGCGGAUGGCUGGACUCCAAACCCUCGAGGACAUUAUCAAGAAGUUUGCAUCUGUGCCCGAGCCAGAAUUUCCAGGCCACGUAAUAUUGGAGCAGUAUCAAGCUAAUGUGGGAGCUGCUUUAAGACCAGCUUUUUCACAAGAUACUCCAUCAGAUAUAAUAGCAAAAGCUUGCCAGGUCUGCAGUACCUGGAUUGGCAGCGGAGUCGUAAGCGACCUCAAUGACCUUCGCCGAGUCCACAAUUUGCUGGUCUCCUCCCUGGACAAAGUACAGGCGGGAAAAGGGUCUUCAAGCCAACUUUAUAGAGAGAGUGCCACCACCAUGGAAAAACUGGCUGUCCUGAAAGCUUGGGCUGAGGUCUACGUCGUUGCGAUGAAAAUUAAGAGGGAAGCCGAGAUAAAGCCAAAAAGAGCCGUUAAGAGCACGGAGGAAGACGACGACGAUUAUGGGGCUGCAGAUGAGCUGCCUCCAGACAGCUUAAUAACCCUGGUGCAGCCCGAGCUGCCUAUACUUAGCCGCCUUUGGUUAGCGGCGUUAAAAGACUACGCGCUUCUGACUCUGCCCGCUGAAUUCGCCAGCCAGCUCCCGCCAGAUGGCGGGGCCUUUUAUACUCCCGAGACCAUCGAUACCGCUAGGCUUCACUAUCGGAAUUCUUGGGCUCCAAUUCUCCACGCAGCGGCCCUCUGGCUGAACAGCACGGGAUUCGACACCCCGGAGGUCGCGGAAGAAGCGGCGGCGGCCGCCGUCUCCGGUUCUCAGAAGCGUCCUACGUCCGUCCCGUUAAACCAGGCGCCUGGGCCAACUCCCGAUACGAAAUCUUUACCCGAAGUAAACAGAGCCCGAAUGCAUCUGAUUUUAGGUGUCAGUAUACAGUUCCUCUGCUCCCCAAGACCCGAAGAACCUAUUGAACACGUUACAGCCUGUCUUCAAGCACUCCGUACCUUACUGGACUCUCCCUGUGCCAGAAUCCAUAUUGCAGAAGAUCAGCUCGUUGGCGUGGAGUUGCUGAGUGUGGUACAUCGACUCCUUUUGACCUGGAAUCCGCCGUCGGUCCAGUUGCUGGUUACCGGAGUAGUGCAACAGAUCGUAAGGGCGGCUCAGGACUAUUUGCAGGAAAAAAGGAACACGCUAAAUGAAGAGGAUUUAGAAAAAGAGACCUGCCCCACGUUAGGGGAAGGGGGUGACGGCGGUGGUCUCGUCCCGGGGAAAUCUCUUGUCUUUGCUACUAUGGAACUGCUGAUGUUUAUCUUGGUGAGGCACAUGCCGCAUCUCAGCACAAAAAUGUCCGACUCGCCGAGUCACGCCGGCACCAAAACGCCGUUGUCAGAAGAGAGCGCCCGACUGGUGGCUGCCACGGUAACCAUCCUCUCGGACCUGCCGUCGCUCUGUUCCCCUGCAGGCUGUAUGACGAUACUCCCCACGAUCCUGUUUCUCAUUGCGAGAAUCUUGAAGGACACGGCAAUUAAGUCGGCGGAUAAUCAGGUCCCCCCUCCGGUCAGCGCGGCUUUACAGGGGAUUAAAAAUAUCGUGACUCUCCCACUGGUGAAGACCGACGAAACGAGCAAGCAGUGGACCGAACUGAUUCGCAGCACUCUCGCUUGUAUCCUGGAAUAUUCUCAACCAGAUGAGUCUUUGCCCACUCUUGACGAAGUGAGCAUGCUCACAGCUAUCGCACUCUUCCUGUGGUCCGCAAGUACUGAAAUAAUAGGAGUCCAGUCGUUACAGAACGGCUGCAUGAACAGAUUUAAGAACGCGUUGAAUUCCUGCGAUCCGUGGGUUCAGGCCAAAUGUUACCAACUUCUCCUUUCACUGUUCCAACACUCCAAUCGGGCCCUCUCAACUCCGUACAUCCAUUCAUUGGCCCCGAUAAUGGUUGAAAAACUGAAAGCCGUGGAGAGGAACCGGCCAAACAGCAACAUAGAACUUUUAGCGGUCCAAGAAGGGAUCAAAGUCCUCGAAACCUUGGUUGCCCUUGGUGAAGAGCAGAACAGAGUGCAGCUGCUUGCCCUCUUGGUUCCCACUUUGAUCUCUUAUCUACUGGAUGAAAACGCUUUUGCUUCGGCACCUCUGGCCUCCAGAGAUCUGCACGAGUUUGCCCUGCAGAAUCUGAUGCGUAUCGGACCCCUCUACCCUCACGCUUUCAAGACGGUAAUGGGAGCCGCUCCCGAGUUGAAGAUCCGUCUGGAAACUGCAGUGAGAGCGAGCCAGGCCAGCAAAGCCAAGGCAGCCGCCCGGCAGCCGGCCCCCACCGCACACUCUGCCCCGACGAUCAAACUCAAGACGAGCUUUUUCUGAAUCAACUCCGCCGGUCGUCUCUCUUCACGUCGAUUCCGGGCCGUAACCGCCGGGUCGUUCCCGUUUUGCUCUCGUGGCGUAUCGGCCGCGUAAGAUUACGGAACGGGUGACGGGGCCGUGUCGUGGCCCCUUGUCGGCCCGUGCCUUUUGUCGUGUGUGUGAAUCUGGAUUUGGUUCGGAAGGGGGAUAACGUUUCUCUGAGUAAAUCGUCGGCUGUUUAGAAACCGAGGCUCGUUCUUGGAACUCGAAAUGGUUUCGAACCUCCCCGACCCGCCUUUACCCGGGCCAGCCUCCGAGUUCGCCGAAGGACAGCCCGUCGCAGUUCACCAUUUUCCAUGGGAGAGAUCAGUUGCAAAAGCAAUCCCAAUUGAAAUUUUUAAAUAAACCGAAACGAUGAAUGGAAACAGAUCAGUUUGGGAAGGCUGUAUAUACAUGAAAUAGAUUCACUAGAUUUCCAUAACACGCCGCCUAAUUGACAGUUGUCUUUUCUGGUGUCUCACCUGUCUCCUGCAGAUGAAAUGACUAAAUUAUUGUUGUCCGUAUCAUUUAAAAUAAUUUAAAGAAUAAAGCGGUCUCUUUAAAAAUCGUUGAAA